UUUGGAAUAUAAUACAUGUCGUUAUUGUAUUAAAUAUCUCCAAGGAGUUUAAAGUGUACUUGUCUUUACAAGAAAGGAUAAAAUAAUUAUCUGGAAAAGAGUUUCGAAAAACCCUCUAUCAUAGCAAAUAAACUAAUAUUUUAUGUCUUGAAUCAUGAGAUCUAUUGCGCAAGAAUAAUUAUAACAUUAUUUAAAAGUUCUUGAUUUCGUUAAGUUACUAUAUGUGAGAACGGUGUUUGAGAUAAAUGCGUAGGGGGAAAUUUCCUAUUACAAUUUCUCCAUGAAGGCAUGAUUACUAGACGUGUCAAUUCAUAAAUUUGAUGCUGAUAUCCGUAAAAAAUCUCAAUGUAUGACUUGAAUUGUGUUUGAAUCUGGAUAGUAAAAUAUAGCGUUCAGGAAAGAUAACUUUAUCUAAAAAAAUAAGGCCACUUAAUCUUAGAUACAAUGGCGUUUCGAAGUAAUAUGACAAUUCAAAUAAACGGGAGUAUGUUGAAUAAGACGGCGACCAACGACACAAUACAAUCUCAGGGUCUCAAAUGGAUAUCACUGAUUAUUCUUCUUGGAAUACUAUUCUUUAACCUUUUAGUGGUAAUGCUUUUAGUUUCAAGAAAUCAUAAAUCAAGAAUGCGAUUUUUCGUAAUUAAUCUAGCUUUUGCAGAUUUUUGUGUAGGGGUAUUUUUUGUAUUACCUGAAACCCUUUUUAAUUGGUUUGAUGUUCCAUGGAAUCCCUACGUGUGUUAUAUAUACUAUGUGUAUUUCUCCAUGGUUCCUUUUUAUGUGUCAACCUAUGCAAUUGUUGUGUUAUCAAUUGACCGUGCAUAUGUUAUUGUAAGACCAUUGGCCGCAGCUUCGAAAGGCAAACUUUACCGUUAUGGUAUGGCAUUAUCUGCAUGGAUUAUUGGAUGUACCCUUGCAAUUCCAUACGGAGUGUUCGGUACAUUCAACGAAGAGGAUAUCUACUGUACCCAUAUUACGCCAAGUUUAGUAUUGCUAUACGCAGAUCUUACCACUAUUAUCAUACUACCAAUCGGAAUCAUAACAGUAUGCUACAUUGUUAUCAUUAUUACAAUACGUGGUCGGGAAAGAAAUGGAUUCUUGCGUGGUAAAAACAAUGAUGCAGAUAAUGGUUGUGAUACAAAUGUAAGAAAUAACAGCAUUUCAAAGGCAAAGAUCAGGACCAUCAAACUUCUAUGCGUUGUUGUAUGUGCAUACAUUAUUUGCUGGGCUCCAAUUACAAUCGCAGCAGUCUUAAUGCACCAUAAAAUAGCAGAAUAUGGGCUUUGGUUUCAGAUACUUUAUUUACUUGCUCCAGUAAACAGCCUGGCUAAUCCAUUAGUGUUUCUUAUUUUCAACCAGAAAAUGUUUCGUUCUAAAACGAAUAAGACAAAGAAAAAAGUAUUUAGUGGAACAACUUUUAAAACCAAAACAGAAACAUUAUCAUUGGGUAGCUAAAUUUAUACAGAUGAUUUGAUGGUGCAUUUCAUUAUCUAUGUGAAGACCAUGAUAAAAAAAAUGGCUUAUAGUUGAGUUAGGUAGAAACACUCUUAGCUUAAUAGUUUGUACGCAGACGUGCGAUUCGACGACAAAAGACUCCUCAGUUUAGCUAAAGAAAAAAAAAGUAUAGAAGUUCAGCCCCAAGAACGACGAAAGAUUAAUAAAAAAACAGCUACGAUACAUUAACAGAAUACUGUGGUGAAGUAAUUAACUACCAACACAAAGAUGCCAAGUCCGAUCCUUGUUGCGGGUAGAAGUUUUAGGUAUUUGAAAUUCGGCUUUCCAUUGACACCAUUUGCGAAUAUGGUCUUUAGAAGUAACGGUAGUUCGUAGGAAGUGGACGAUGAAUGACUGGCUCAUGUUAAGAGAGAGCAAUAUCUCUUACACGGACAAGGCAACCUUAUAGAUUACAAUAAAGAGCAUCUAAAUGCUGUCUCCCAGAAUCAUAUGCAUUCGAAAAGGUUACAGUGUUUAAUAGGAGUUGUAUUUUCUUUUUUCU